UGUAAAGUUCACUUAAACAGAUUUAUAAAGGAUACGUUGAUGUGAACUGGUUACUCUUUUUGUGUACCAGUGAUCGUUAUUCUGCACGGAAUUGAGAGAAGGCUUGACAGACAUGAUGGAAAUUUGGAACUUUGUUCUUAUUGGCUGCCUUGUGUCAUUUUCCACUGCUGAGUUCCAGCUACCGACUGAAUGCAACUCCUGGCUCCAACAGUGCUACCAGGUCUCGUACCAGGAGGCUCUGAUGACUAUCUUGUUUUCCCCGUCAAGUCUUACAACAAAGGGCUCGCUCGUUGUCGACUGCUCAGCGGAGACGACCGCCGCUCGACAGCGAUGUAAAGAAACAAUGCCGAUGCCCUUCUGUUCAUUUCCUCUGUCGUUCGAAGCCACCAGCCAGUUUCGGUCCUUCCUGUGUGCAAAUUCCGACGUAAUCACAAGUAAUGCUGAAUGCUGGAGUGACCCUCGAUUUCUUCAAACGUGGACCGAGUGUACUGACAGGCCCCGCGGGACCCAGUACCCAGGAGACUGUCUGGAGGAGAGACUGAGCACUAUUCCAGCUAGUGUGUGUUCAUCUUCUGCCGUGUCAGUGGUCAGUGAACUGCCAGGAAUAUUCAUAUCGGCUUUCGAGGACAUGUGAAGAACAGCACCAUGCAUUACCUAAUUCAACCAAAACUAAAGCACUAGAUGGUUACCUCCAUAAUGAUUAUAAAGGUCAUUGAGUUUUCUUACGGAUCAUCUUUGACCGGACCUGAAAACAGAAAUAAAUGGCAUAUGAUUAACAUUCUUUCAUGUAAA